AUGCCCCCCAUGGCUCCAGCGCUCAAUGAGCCACAUGUCUUGAACCAAAUAAUCAUCUCACCUUCUGAUACAGACUACCUGGACCAACUCAUUCCGUCAAUCCGAGAUUAUAGUGUCGGAAAUCGUACCCCUCAGCUCCUACAGUCAUUAUCGCGAUUCGCGGGAGAUAAGGAAUCCGAGAUUGAAAGCAUUUGCAACACAAACCAUCAGGAAUUCGUUUCAUCUGUCAACUCAUUGCUUCGGAUCCGAGAGGGGACAGUGAGUUUGACUGCGGAGAUCCUGGACCUCAACCAAUCCAUCCAAACCAGUACCGAGCGCCUGGCCGAGCAGAAGAAAGCACUAGUGGAGUCGCGCAGCCACCGACAGAACAUCGAUGAGACCUUUCGUGCCAUCCAGGACUGUCUGGAGGUCCUGCGACUGGCAAAUCAAGUCCAUGAUCUUCUCGCAAAGAAGAACCACUACGCGGCACUGCGCGCGUUGGAAGAGCUACAGAAUGUCCACCUGAAGGGGGUGACCCAGUACAAGAUUGCCGUCAUGAUUCAGCGCUCAGUACCAGCAACACAAAGGGCUAUUGCGGAAGCCGUGAUGUCGGACCUUAAUACCUGGCUCUACCGAAUUCGAGAAAUGUCUCAAUACCUCGGGGAGAUUGCGCUCUUCCACACAGACCAGCGGAAAACAAGGCAGAAGCAAAGAGCGGAGAAUGCUCCUUAUCUCGAGCAUUUUAAUUUAAACUCUGCCAUUGAGUUGGUGUCUGAUGAAGACGAGGAGUAUGAUCUCCUUCACAAUGAGGAUCUCCAGGUUGAUUUCACUCCCUUGUUUGAAUGCUUGCACAUCCACCAAUCUUUAGGACACAUGGAUAAAUUCCGAGUCGAGUACGCGACCACCCGUCGACGACAAAAAGAGCUUCUGCUUCCGUCUUCUAUCACUUUGAUUGAUGAAGAUGGUUCGAGCCUGCACAACCUCCUGGAAGAGAUGGCUGGCUUUGCUAUUGUCGAACGGGCCACAGUGAAAAGAGCCCCUGAUCUUCGGUCAUCUGUUGAUAUUGACGAGCUAUGGGAUUCGAUGUGCCAAGGGGCUGUACUACUUAUAUCAAAGGCACUCCACGAAGUCGACAACGCUGAAAGUAUUCUCAACAUCAAAAACCUGAUUGCCCUAUUCAUGCAGACGAUGGAUUCAUGGAGCUUCCCGGUGGGGGUCUUUGACGAUUUCCUUUUAAAGCUGUUUGAGAAAUAUGCAGAGCUUCUCAAAAAACGGUUCAGUGACGAUUUCCAAGAGAUUGUAUCAACAGAUGAUUACAUGCCAAUGCCCAUACAGACUCAAGAGGAGCAUGAUAAGGUGCUCAAUGUGAGCUGGUAUAGCCCCGAAAAACCUCGCGAAGAGCAAGUGUUCCCAUGCAUCUUACCAUUCUCUCGAAUGUAUCCGCUGUGCUGCAUCGAUAUUCGAAAUUUUUUGAAUCAGUUCUAUUUCUUCGCAACUGAUGGUUUUACAAACACUAAUAUCAUCGAUGAGACACUGAAAAAUGAUUUGGAUGAUCUUCUCUCACAAAAAGUCUGUGACACCUUGGUGGAACGUCUUUCAUCGCAAUAUCUGGGGCAAAUUGUUCAGAUUCUCAUCAAUCUGGAACACUUCGAGCUGGCUUGCCACGAGCUGGAACUUCUGCUGGCAGCGGCUCGGUCACAAAACUCCACCGGCAGCUCAAUUGCGCUGAGGGCCACUGAGAAAUUCAGAAGCAAUAAGAAGGCAGCCGAAAAGCGUAUCUUCGAGGUUGUCAAUUCAAAGAUUGAUGAUCUCAUUGAAACAGCAGAGUACGAGUGGAUGUCUCCCACCCCCCCCACAGAGCCCAGCAAUUAUAUGCAAACCUUGACUCGGUUCUUGUCUAAUAUCAUGAACUCCACACUACUGGGAUUGCCAACGGAAAUCAAAGAGCUCAUCUACUUUGACGCCCUCAGCCAUGCUGCCAACAUGAUUUUGGCACAACCGCUAUCCCCAGACGUGAAGAAGAUCAACCCCAACGGGGUAACAGCAUUGGCGAAGGAUGUUGAGUAUCUGGCACAAUUUGUGGACAGUUUGAAUGUACCCAUCCUCCGCGAGAACCUCGACGAGUUGCAGCAAACGGUGCAAUUGAUGCAAGCCGACAACGCAGAUGAAUUUUAUGAUAUCUCCACCAGAAACAAGAAAUACGGACGCGUCGAUGCCAUGCAAGGACCUGUCUUGCUUGAAAAGCUCACACGCACUGUCCAAGCCCCUACAAAGACGGACAAAUUUGCACAGCUCUCCUCACGUUUCAAGAAAACUGGAUAA